UGCGCGCUCUCUCUCUUUCUCUCUGUACAGAAAGAAGGAGGCGAAGAAAGAAAGAAAAAGUGAGAAUCCAACACAGAAGAAGAGAGAGAUUUAUAGAGACACAGGGCGCUCCCGCAGACGCAAAUUCACUUUGCUGAACAAUGGCUCUCUCAAACGCCGCCACUCUCUCCUCCAAAUCCCUUUACAGCAACACCCACCCACUCUCUCAACCGCACCUCCAACCCACUUACUCUCUCGUCCCCACCACCAAAGCACAUGAUUCCAAGCCCCUCGCUACUCGCAUCUCCGCCGUCCAUGCUGCAGAGCCCUCCACGAAGCAGUCUCCGCCGCCCGUCGCGGUCUCUCCUUUGAAAUGGACGGUGGAGAGCUGGAAGUCCAAGCCGGCGCUUCAGCUCCCUGAGUACCCGGACCAGAAGGGCCUGGAGACGGUAUUGAAGUCGAUCGAGGCCUUCCCGCCCAUUGUGUUCGCGGGUGAGGCGAGGCACCUGGAGGAGAAGCUGGCCGAGGCGGCCAUGGGCAACGCCUUCCUCUUGCAAGGAGGGGACUGCGCCGAGAGUUUCAAGGAGUUUAGUGCUAAUAACAUAAGGGAUACCUUCAGAGUGCUUCUUCAGAUGGGUGCUGUUCUCAUGUUUGGUGGUCAAAUGCCUGUCAUUAGGGUUGGAAGAAUGGCGGGUCAGUUUGCGAAACCCAGAUCGACUCCAUUUGAGGAAAGGGAUGGAGUGAAGCUGCCAAGUUACAAAGGGGACAACAUAAAUGGUGAUGCUUUUGAUGAGAAAUCAAGGACUCCAGACCCCCAGAGAUUGAUAAGGGCUUAUAGCCAAUCCGCGGCGACUCUCAACCUUCUUAGGGCCUUUGCCACUGGAGGAUAUGCUGCAAUACAGAGGAUUAGUGAAUGGAAUCUUGAUUUUGCGGAGCGCAGUGAGCAGGGAGAUAGGUACCAGGAAUUGGCUCACCGGGUUGAUGAGGCCCUAGGAUUCAUGGCUGCUGCGGGACUUACUGUUGACCACCCUGUAAUGAGGACAACUGAAUUCUGGACGUCCCAUGAGUGUUUGCAUUUGCCUUAUGAGCAAGCACUCACUAGGAAGGAUUCAACUUCCGGCCUGUACUACGAUUGCUCUGCUCACAUGCUUUGGGUUGGGGAGCGUACCCGGCAACUGGAUGGUGCCCAUAUAGAGUUCCUUAGGGGAGUUUCCAAUCCUCUUGGAAUCAAGGUGAGCAACAAAAUGGAUCCAAAUGAGCUAGUCAAGCUCAUUGAAAUCCUGAAUCCCCAUAACAAGCCAGGAAGGAUUACAAUAAUUGCAAGAAUGGGUGCCGAGAACAUGAGAGUUAAGCUUCCCCAUUUGAUCAGAGCUGUUCGCAGGGCUGGGCAAAUUGUGACCUGGGUCUGUGAUCCAAUGCACGGAAACACCAUACAGGCACCGUGUGGACUUAAAACACGUCCCUUUGAUGCAAUUUUGGCCGAGGUGCGGGCAUUCUUUGAUGUGCAUGAGCAAGAAGGGAGCCACCCUGGUGGAGUUCAUCUGGAGAUGACUGGCCAGAAUGUGACAGAGUGCAUUGGAGGGUCUCGAACAGUUACUUUUGAUGAUUUGAGCUCUCGUUAUCACACUCACUGUGACCCAAGACUCAACGCUUCUCAGUCUCUCGAACUAGCCUUCAUCAUUGCAGAGCGGCUUAGAAAGAGAAGAAUUGGAACUCAACGUCUGCUUUCUUUGAGCCUUUAGAUAGUUUCAAAGUACCUCAUCAUUUCUAGACGAUUGGCAAUGCUGAUUUAUUUGGUAGUGAAUAAAUAUGGAAUGGUUUGUCUACUAAAAACCUUGUGUUGCAGGAUCCAUGACUGAUUAUUGCAUGCAAUACCAGCAAAUCCAUGGUCUCCUACAUUUAAGAUCAGCUGCAAAUGCAAGGUUUUUGGGGAGCAGCUUUGUAUUCCUAAUUUAUUUAGUAAUUGGGUUUGGGUUUGGUUUCUGUAUUUAUGUGUGGAUGUCGUAUGACCAUCAGACCAAGUAAUCGUUUUAAGAUUUUAAAAGAAAUAAAUAAAAGAAAAUGGCUAUUAUA